GGAAGAAUAAUAUUGUUGACUUUGACCACAAUCAAUAUAAAACUUUAGUGAACAACUCCACUAAUAUAAAAAAAAAAAAGCUCAAUACAAAAAUCAAAAUUUUUUCAUUAUUAGUUCAACAAGGCAAUACAAAAAAAUCACAGCUUUCUUUUCAAUCCUUCUAAACAAGAAAACUGGUUUGUUUUUGGCAUCAGACACAACACAAGAGAAGCUUCAAUAAAAUUCUAAUAUUUCUAUGGCAUCAAAGUCACAGCAUCAGAAAAAACAUGUUGGAGAAGAUGAUAAUAUGGACCCAACUCAAUAUUUGCAGAACAGGCUAGCAAGCCUGGCAUUAGCCAAGGCAGCUGGGAUCAAUCCUUACCCUCACAAGUUCACAGUGUCGAUUUCGGUCCCCGAACUCAUUGCAGCAUAUGGGAGCUUGGAUUCUGGAGAACAUGUUGAAACAAUUGAAGUCUCUUUAGCUGGGAGAAUCAUGAGUAAACGAGCAUCAUCUUCAAAACUUUUCUUCUAUGAUCUUUAUGAUGACAGUGCUAAAGUUCAAGUAAUAAGUGAUGCAAGGCAUUCCAAUAUGGAUGAAGAUGAAUUUGGUAGACUCCAUUCCCAAAUUAAGCGAGGUGACAUUGUUGGUAUCUGUGGUUUUCCCGGAAAGAGCAAAAGAGGAGAACUAAGUGUUUUCGGAAAAUCUCUUAUGGUACUUGCUCCAUGUCUUCACAUGCUACCAAAGCAUGCUUCAGUUCACAGCAGCAAUGAAGCUGAAUCCAAGAGGAAUGAAAAAACAACUCAAGCAUGGAAGCCAGGAUCUGCCCGAAAUCCGGAUACUUAUGCCUUGAAAGACCAGGAAACUCGAUAUCGCCAACGUUACUUGGACCUCAUGUUGAAUCCAGAGAUUCAACAAGUGUUCAAAACCCGAGCCAGAAUCUUAUCUUACUACAGGAGAUUCCUUGACAGCCGCGGAUUUGUGGAGGUAGAAACUCCUGUAUUGAGCAUGGUACCUGGUGGAGCUGCAGCCAAGCCAUUUGUUACAUACCACAACGAGUUAGAAACAGAACUCUACAUGCGCGUUUCGCCAGAGCUUAAUCUUAAAAAGCUGGUUGUUGGUGGAUUAAACCGAGUUUACGAGAUUGGAAAAUCGUUUAGGAAUGAAGGAAUGGAUCUAACUCACCUCCCUGAAUUCACCAUGUGUGAAUUUUACAUGGCCUAUAGUGACUACAAUGACUUGAUGAAAAUCACUGAGGAAUUAUUAUCUGGAAUGGUGAAAGAGCUUACUGGAAGCUAUAAAAUCAAGUACCAUGGUGAUGGUUUGAGUAAUGAGCCUAUAGAGAUAGACUUUACUCCUCCCUUCAGAAGAGUUGACUUGAUAGAAGAGCUAGAGAAAAGGUCAAACCUCAAUAUACCCAAAGAUCUUUACAGUGAGGAAUCCAACAAAUACUUAAUGGACGCUUGUCAAAGCUUUAAUGUCAACUGUCCUCUUCCUCGUACCACAGCUCGGUUGCUAGACAAGCUAGUGGGGCACUUUCUUGAAGAGAGUUGUGUAAAUCCAACAUUCAUAAUAAAUCACCCAGAAGUGAUGAGUCCAUUGGCCAAAUGGCACAGAUCAAGACCAAGCUUGACUGAGCGUUUUGAGUUAUUUGUCAACAAGAGAGAGCUAUGUAAUGCUUAUACAGAAUUGAAUGAUCCUGAAGUGCAGCGCAGGUUAUUUGCUGAACAACUUAAGGAAAGGGAAUCAGGAGAUGAGGAAGCAAUGGUUUUGGAUGAAACAUUUUGUAUUGGUUUGGAGUAUGGAUUGGCCCCAACUGGCGGAAUGGGAAUGGGGAUUGACCGUCUUACUAUGCUUCUUACUGAUUCUAUAAAUGUCAAGGAAGUUAUUCUGUACCCGCCGAUGAGAUCUCAGGAAGAUAACUCCAGUAAAGUUUAAUGUAUCAUGAAAUUUGAUGAUGAGGAUUUGAAUGUACCUGAAAUCAAGUGAACCAAACUCUUGAUGUAUGUUGCAAUGAGAUAGGUAUAUUUUAUUUACUUAAUUAUUGACACAACAUUUUCACAAAGGUAAUAAUGGUUGUGGUGAUUUUAAACAAAUCUUAUAUAUUGAUAUGAGACAUUUCUCAUUAUAUAUUACUAGAGAAUUAAAAUAAUAAGUUUCAAAAUUUCUUAAUGUUAAAUGAAUACAAUCGAUUGAAUUUU